GUGACUAGUAUAUAUAUCUUGACGACACCCAUUUGCUUUUACAAUAAAUUAUCAUCAGCAAUACAAUUUUUAUCUAAGAGACCAAAUAAAUUUUGUCAAGUGUUCGUAUAGUAUAUUUUAGCUUUUAAAUUUAUUAAAAAAACAAUGGCCAGUCAAACUCAAGGAAUCCAGCAAUUAUUAGCUGCUGAAAAGAGAGCUGCGGAAAAAGUAUCAGAAGCUAAGAAACGAAAAGCAAGACGCUUGAAGCAAGCUAAAGAAGAAGCACAAGAUGAAAUUGAAAAAUAUAGACAAGAACGAGAAAAACAAUUUAAAGAGUUUGAGAUUAAGCAUAUGGGAUCACGGGAAGAUGUAGCAACUAGAAUAGAUGCUGAUACCAAAGUUAAAAUUGAUGAGAUGAACAAAGCUGUUACUGUUAACAAAGAAGCUGUUAUAAAAGAAAUUCUUGAUCUUGUGUAUGAUAUUAAACCAGAAUUGCACAAGAAUUUUAAAGCUGCUACUAUUAAGAAAUAAUAUGAAGCAAAAAAUGUAUAUAUUUCUCAAUUUUUUAAUUCCAUUUUUUGAGAAAUAUAUGUAAUCAAAAUACUAUUUAUAUUUUAGUUUUCAUUAAAUGAAACAUUCCGCUUACAUGUUCAUGUAGAUUGUAUUAUUUAUUAUGGUUUCAUUAUAAGAUAUUGUAAACAUAUUUCUGUUUUGUUUUUGAAUCGUUACAAAUAAAAAAAAAAUUAUUUAAUAUUUA